AUGCGAGGAUGGCGAUAUCAGGGACGUGGCUCAAGAGAGCGGAGGUAUUGGAGCAAACCUCAGACUGUCUUACCGGGAGAUUUCGAGAAUGUUGUACACAAAGUCUCGGGGGAUGUGACCGCAGCUGCCCUGUUUGACGCUUCGGAGGCAAUCCGCGCCGAGACGCAUGCUUGUCGCCACCUUCUAUCGAAUGCAAUGCAGCCAAAUCGAGUCAGCAGAUGGAGCGGGUAUUUUGGAACAGCGCAUCGCGGGGUUACGCAGUUCGCGCAUUCUAUGCGAACUCGCGGCCAUAUCACCAUAGCAUAUGUCACCACUGUUGCUCGGCUCUCGACCCUAGCAAUGCCGAGGCCUGAAGAGGACUAUUCGUGUCAUCCACUUGAUGCGGUGGCCCAAGAAGUGCCCUUCAAUCGCAUGGCCAAAGUUUUGUCUUUGGUAUCAGGUCAGGCUGAGCAUUUUGUAGCUGGUCGCAGCGAGGUGGAAGAGGUCAAAGUGAACGCUGAACUCGUGGUAGUCACUGAGAGGGACAGCGGUAGCACGCUCAAGAGCAAUGUUCUUGUUCCAGAGGACAACAUGCGUAUCGGGAGCUCAAAGCAUGUUGUUCAUCCCCGUGAGAACUCCUCUUCCGGCAUCGGAUUCUGCGUUAUGAUCGUUACGUGCAGUCCGAGGCGGACUAAUACUUCCAGAAGCCUCUUCGACCGCAAAGAAUCUAAGCGACUCGGGGAGCUGAAUGAAUGGCGCGGUCACUUUAUCUGCGAUCUUCAGGCAUACUGGGAGCGGUAUUUACAGCAAUGCAGUACGAAUGUCGACACGAGAUGGAUGAUGUCGUGUAGAUGGCCGGAGAAUGACCUCUUGGCGCGCUGUGGAGAUAUCCUUCUUGGAUCUCGCAUCUCGACUUUCCCUUUCUCUCACCAUCUACUUUCUGUACUCGAAAUACAUACUAAACACCUGCUCGUUGACUACAUACACAGUGCUCAAGGUCUUGCAGUCGAGAUGUUUUCAGGCUCAGGCCCUCGCGGCUCAAGCGGGCAUCCCAGCUACAUUGCCGCAAAAGGACCACAAGAGAUACAAGAAUCCAUGGCUCUAGGCUCAUCAUCCGGAGACAUAGUCUACUGGGGACCUGGAGGCAUAGCGCAGCUUCCACUUGCUCUGGUUCGAGGGUGCUAA